AUGACGAACCCGAUCACGUUGCGCGCAACCCCCACCAUACAACGGGACCGCCCGCAACUACAGCCAACCCUCAACACUACAUUAGACACAUCGACCACCUUGACCCCAGACUCGACCCACCGACGAGCCAGGCGACGUCGAGACCCGCUCGGACCAUCCGACCGCGACUUCGACCGCAUAGCUAGACACAUAACCCGCUUUGACCCCCGGCCCGGCAUACCUACAAACACCCGGUCAUACCUACGCGUCGUCGACUUCCACGCCGACCGCAUACCACACGCGUCUCAAGAUGACAAAAUAUUCUUGAUUAGACUCACGUCCAAUGGAGAGGUGAAUGACUUCAUCGAAAGGCAACCAAGGGCUAUAAAACAUGACUACAACGAGCUCUGCAAAGCCAUCCUAGCAGAAUACUCAGACUACGGCGCCUCCGGGACCCUCACGGCAGCCAUGGCAGUCAAACAAGCUCACAACGAGCUUGCGGAAUGCUACUACCACAGGUUGCGACAGGCCUUCUUCGGCAACCGAAACUACGAAGGGAUGGAGGAAGAAACGAAUUUCAGGGCCCUGUACCUCCAAAACCUCCACCCCAACCUUAGCCAGCUACUGGGCGUGUACGCCUGCCCCCUUACACAGGACAUACGGCAACUGAAGACCCUGGUGGCACGAGCACAAGGCAAACAUCUGCUCAAGACACAGGCAAAGCCCCAAACCCAGCCUACGGUGGAGGAACAAGCCCUCCUCCGCACGCUCCUGCGCAAAGCCAGAGAGAAGAAGACAGACAACGCCGACGUGUUCGCAGUGUCCGUGUCGGAUGACGCCGAGAAUGCCCCCUACCACAUGGACGACAAUCUCAGCGAACAGGAGCUAAAUGAUGACUACUCAAGCGCACAAACGGUGGACACCUGCUACGACCAGAGGGAUGUCAUGGUAAUACAGGUAGGCUCCAUCACAGACCCACGAGAGGACGGCCCCUCGACAACCAACUGCGAACCACCGUUCCGCCAAUUCAUUGGCGAUCUACAACAAAGAGGUACCUACGGGAAACUCUACCUGCCCGUAACACUCGAAGACCAAUGGGAACAUGAGGCGCUUGUGGACACAGCUGCCGAUAUCAGCCUGAUUGGCGAAGACCUCUUCGGUAAGUUACAGUCUAUGGCCAGUAAAUCCCACAGACACCUAAAAACGCAGCCAUGCGACUUAGAAAUACACCCCUAUUCCCAGGUAGAUACGACCAUACGUAAAAUGGCUCUAAUGCGACUGACCGUAGGCCCCAUGACACUGGUCCACCCGGUCUACAUCUCCCCAUUCAACACGCAUCCGCUCCUAUUGGGCCAGGACCUUCUAAAUCGAUUUAAGCCCCUAAUAGACUACCAACAUCUAAAGAUCUGGACACAGGUCCGGGAGCCCUUGCCCAUUCCGCGCCCGUUGGGCGAAAACCACCGCUACUCCGUAAACGCGCCGCCCGCGAACGGACCACAACCCGCCGCAGCACAAACCGAUCAGGGGACGCCCACAACCUGCGCGAACGCCACGCGCACGGCCCCCGACCUCGACAGAACGAGCAAGAUGGGAACCCCUCACCAUCGAGUGCCUUAA